AUGGCGCGUUACGAUCCGUUUUCACCGACCUUCGACCAUCCCCUGCUCAAUUCCAGCCCAGAUUACAGCUCCCGGAAUGGUUCGUUAAGAUCUAGUCGUCCCAUUGGCGAUAUGAGUAGUGCUGUCACAAACCCGUUGUCCUUCCGCGAACGAAAUAAACGACUACGAAGCUUUGAAGAGGAGAGAAACCAGUUGAUUGAGGAACUUUUGUAUCAGCUUGACAGUACUCAGAUUCAGCUCGAUCGAUUGCAGCUUGAGACCAGCAGAGAAGCCCAAUAUAACAGAGAGGGCCACCAGCGAGAAACCACCCUUCGCGAACAGCUGAUGCAGGUCAAGGCAAUUAUGGAUCGUAACCCUUUCAUCACGGUCCUCCUCGAUGGCGAUAGUAUGGUUUUCAAAAAAGAGUUAUUGUCUCAAGGAGAAAAGGGCGGCAAAGAGGCGGCAAACAUGAUUUUUGAAGCCACGACGGCAUUCGCUGCAGAGCAUCUACACCAUCUCGACUCUCCAAAGAUCCUGGUACGAAUUUAUGCCAAUGUUAAAACAUUGUCCGAGACCUUGACCAAGUUGAAAAUCAUCGAACGCCCAUCCUUACUGGACGACUUUGUGCGCGGCAUGAACAGCACUCAAUUGUCCUUUGACUUUAUCGACGCUGGAACUCGAAUCGACAGCACCAAAGAGAAGGUUCUGGACCAGUUCAGGACCAACCUCUAUGAUUGCCAUUGUCACCAAGUCAUUCUUGGAUGCUCCGGUGACAGCCGUUAUACGAAGGUACUUGAAGACACGAUAAAAGACGCCACUGUACUUAGUCAUAUCACCUUGCUGGAGGGCAUCCCGUUUGAAAAGGAAAUUGCUACUCUGAGGGACAACUUCAAGACUACGAAAUUCGACAAUGUCUUCCGCGUCACAAAGCUAGCUGUCACAGGCGGGAUAGCCAAAGGACCACUACAAGCAGUCACGGCAACACUACCGGCUCUUUCGCGUGUCGAGUCGAAUGGUACGAACGGAUCUACCUCAAGUUCAAGCACACCCGCCUUGACGUGGGCCUCGCUGACCGCCCAACCUUCGGCGCCGGUUUCCAAAGCGCCCAGCACCACCCGGACCUCGACUCCAACUUCGAUGAAAAGUCCUGACGCUGUUGUCGCAAAGCCUGUGGCCAAGACGAUUGAGAGAAACCGGCAUGGCCAGCGUAUCGACAAAGUCGAUUCCUCGAUCCCCAAUCACGAAAUCCAGCGGAUUAAAAAGCUUAAGCUUUGCAACAUAUUCUACCUGCAGGGUGCCUCGUAUUGCACCACUAACAACUGUUCCCACUCCCACACUUAUCCCCUAUCCAAGGGCGAGCGUAACGUGUUGCGAGAAGUCGCCCGCAUGACUCCUUGUUAUUACAAGUUGGACUGCACCGACCCUGAGUGCAUCUACGGACACCGAUGUCCUCAGAACAAGCCAGACGAUUCGGGCUGCUGGUACGGCGAGGACUGUCGGUUCUUUGGCUGGGGCCACGGGAUCGACACCAGGGUGGUUAAGACAACCAAGGUCUGA